AACCCAGCCCAAUACAAAACUAUCCUCUACCAUCCCUUUCUUCCUGCUCCCCUCCAUUCUCCAUCCUCCACCGUCCCUUUUCCCCUAUCCUCCCCUCCUUCAAUCAUCUCAACCCUCCACUUUUCUUCGCCUACUCUGUUACUCACAACAACGCUCUCCUUCUUCGCCUUUACUCUUUUCUCUCUAAAUCUCUUCAUCUUCUUCCCGCAUUGUUUACAGCUUCCCAUUUUAGAUUUAUGAUCUCCCAUUUUUUCUGAUUCUUGGUGGCUAUUCAUAAAUAAUGAAAGAUUCUGAGAAAGUUUUUUGGGAUUCCAUGAAAAAUCCCGCCGGAAACCACCACAUUACUGCCGCUUUCAAUUCUCAGUCCAGAACUUCCUCUAAGCUUCUCUUAUGUCUCAUCUUUUUCAUCUCUUUCACUUACCUCAUUUACUCUCUUAAACUCCUCUCCUCUCCCCGCCUCUGUUCUGACUCACAGCCAUUUUCCUCUUCCGCCGUAGAUCCACUCCACAAUCUCACCACCACUGCCGCAAUUUCACUUCCGACCUCAUCGCAGAAUCAGACGGAGCUCCGGCAUGUUGUUUUCGGAAUUGCCGCGUCGGCGAAGCUGUGGGAACAGAGGAAGAACUACAUCAAGCUCUGGUUUAAACCAGAGAAGAUGAGGGGGACGGUUUGGUUGGACCGGAAGGUGAAAAUCGACGAAGAUUCCGAUGAACUCCCGCCGAUUAGAAUCUCCGGGGACACGUCGAAGUUCGCGUAUAAGAACCGACAGGGGCAUCGUUCGGCGAUUCGGAUCUCGAGAAUCGUGUCGGAGACUUUCCGGCUCGGUUUGAAGGAUGUACGGUGGUUUGUAAUGGGUGACGACGACACCGUUUUUGUGACCGAAAAUUUGCUUAGGGUUUUGAGAAAGUAUGAUCAUACUCAGUAUUACUAUAUCGGAAGCUUGUCGGAGAGCCAUUUACAGAACAUUUAUUUUUCGUAUUCGAUGGCAUAUGGCGGUGGUGGGUUUGCGAUUAGCUACCCAUUGGCGGAGGCUUUAGUGAAAAUGCAGGAUCGGUGUAUUCAGAGAUAUCCCGGAUUAUACGGCUCCGAUGAUCGGAUGCAGGCUUGCAUGGCGGAGCUGGGCGUUCCGCUCACCAAGGAACUCGGAUUUCACCAGUACGAUGUCUAUGGAAAUCUAUUUGGCCUACUCUCAGCUCACCCGAUUGCCCCAUUUGUAUCACUGCACCAUCUCGACAUUGUCGAGCCCAUCUUCCCCAAUGCCACUCGCCUCCAGGCCCUCGACCGUCUCAAAAUUCCAAUGGAGCUAGACUCCGCAGGGCUACUGCAACAGUCCAUUUGCUACCACAAAUCCAACACUUGGACCAUCUCUGUCUCCUGGGGUUAUGCCAUCCAAAUCUUCCGUGGUAUCCUAUCGCCUCGUGAAGUUGAAAUGCCAUCCAGAACUUUCCUUAAUUGGUAUCGUCGUGCGGAUUACACUGCUUAUGCAUUCAACACUCGACCUGUCGCUCGAAAUCCUUGCCAGAAGGCAUUUGUGUUUUACUUAUCCAAUGCCUUACAGACGAAUUCGACGACCGGACAGACGGUUAGUAAAUACAUUAGACAUCGAGCACCACAACCAGCGUGCAAGUGGAAGAGCCCCAGCCCCAGUAGCAUCGAGUUUGUUAAGGUGAUCAAGAAGGCAGAUCCGAAGUUGUGGGAAAGAUCACCAAGGAGGAAUUGUUGCAGAGUGAUGAAAUCAAAGGAGAAGAAGACAUUGAUGGUGGAAGUUGGAAUAUGCAAAGAUGGUGAAAUCAGUGAAGUUUAAUUUAAUUAAUUGAGAUUCAUCCUCUUUCUAAUUUUUAUUUUUUUUUAUUUAAUGCUCUAAUUUUUGGAUUUGAAUGUAGAAAU